UUGGCUUUAAUCACAUCACAUGAUAGGAAGUGGAAAACAAAAGGGGGAAAGCCUCUCUAAAAAGAACACAACAAUAAGACAAAUCUGAGCAAGACUGAUUGAAAUGCCAUUGCGCCUCUGCUAAAAAAAAAAGGUUAAGACAUUUCAUUGUUUGGGUGUGCAAUGUGCAUGCAUGCAUGAGUUGAUUUGGAUUAAUGCAGUCUUAAACAAAGGGCACAUCUACACUGCAGAAUUAAUUGCAGAUUAAUACCACUCUUUUAACUGCCCUGGCUCCAUGCUGUGGGGAUAAUGGGAGUUGUGGUUUGGUGUGGCACGAGCCCUACUUUGACAAAAUGUAGACCUUGUAAAACUACAACUCCCAUGCUUCUAAAGCAUUGAACCAUGGCAGUUCAAGUGGUGUCAGCCUGCAUUGAUUUUACAAUGUGAAUGCAACCUGAUUUGUUCUCUACUGCAAGCACUAUCUCUUGGAGGGGAAAAAAAUGCCUGCUGGAGCCUUUGGAACUCUAUUCCACUUGAGAGACUGGAGAAAGUAUUCACCUGUGUUGGAUGUUGGAAUGCACAAAGGACCCUAGGAUGCUUAAAGAGGAGACAAUACAAAUAGCUUUAUUCAGGAGAUGAUCCCUGUUACUGCUCUGUCUGCGACAACAGCUUUGGCGGCAAACCAAGCAGAAUGAACCGCGAGAGAACGAACCCGGCUGAGAAAUGGUACAAAUGCUCUGACUGUGGGAAAAGUUUUAAGAAACGGUCAGCCCUUCUCACUCACGACCGAACCCACACGGGCGAAAAGCCGUACAAAUGUGCCGACUGCGGGAACAGUUUCAGCAACAAAUCCAGCCUCACUCGGCACAAGCGGAAACACACCGGGGAAAAGCCUUUUUGCUGUUUCAACUGCGGGAAAAGGUUCAGCCAGAGCUCCAGCUUGAUCCGGCACAUGAGAAACCACACGGGUCUGCGGCCGUACAUAUGUUCGGACUGCGGCAAGAGCUUCAAGCAGAGCUCCAGCCUUCUCGUUCACGGGAGGACCCACACCGGAGAGACUCCGUAUAGCUGCUCGGUCUGUUCGAAACGCUUCUCUCAGAGCUCAAACCUGGUGAAGCACGAGAGGAUCCACACUGGAGAAAAGCCCUACCAGUGCCCGGAUUGUGGAAACACCUUCAGUAACAAAUCCAGCCUUACCCGACAUAGAAGGAACCACACCGGUCAGAAACCCUACGAAUGCUCACAUUGCGGCAAAAGGUUCAAGCAGAGUUCUGGCCUCCUAAAGCAUGAGAAGGUACACGCGCGGCAGGGCAUCUCAAAAUAUUCAGAUUCUGGCAAUUGCUUUGAGCCUGACUGCACAUGAGUCAACCCAUAUGGAAAAGAAGAGACCUGGGUUGCUGUCAGUUUUCUGGGCUGUAUAGCCAUGUUCCAGAAGCAUUCUCUCCUGACAUUUCGCCCACAUCUGUGGCAGGCAUCUUCAGAGGUUGUGAGGUCUGUUGGAAACUAGACAAGUCAGGUUUAUUUAUCUGUGGAAUAAUAUCUUUUGGCUGUUAGGAAUUGUGGGAGUUGAAGUGCAAAACACCUGGAGGGCCAAAGUUUGCCCAGGCCUGAUUUACACUGUAGAAUUAAGUGCAGUUUUGACACCAUUUUUGCUGUUAUGCCUCAGUGCUAUGGAAUGUUGGGAGUUGUAGUCUUUCAAGGUCUUUCGCGCUCUCUACCAAAGAAUGCUGGUGCAUCACGAAUCUACAACCCACAAUUCCAUUACUGAGCCCUGGUACCAAAAUGCAUUAAUUCUACUGUGUGAAUGCACUCUUGUUCCUGUGUGUGAGAGCAUACAUAGAACUGGGUUGCCCAAGUCAAUUUUUUAAUCAAUGUAUUGUGCCUGAUUAUACUUCUAGUUCUACUAUUAUUUUUUAAUUUAGAAGUUAGGAUUGUUUUUUUCCUGAGUGAUUUCAUCAUUUAUUUGUGUGUCAGGUGCCCCAGUGAUUUACUGACUUUUACCUUAGUGUGGGAAUUCUGGUUCAGGCUUUGCAAGCUUUGGUUACACAUCUGUAGGAUAGAAAUACCCCAGCCUACCUUGCAAGGUUGUUGUGAGGUUGGAUGUAAGAUAAAUACUGCAUAUUUCAA